GGAUGCGCACUCUCGAAAUGCGAGACAUACGAGACCCCACUAGGAAACCUCACAUUAGACAGAGAGGUCGUCGAAGAACUCUACAAGACCAACCGAUUCGAGUACCUCCAACCACGCAGGGAGCAAGGCGAGCACAGUAUCGAGAUGCAGCUGCCCUACGUGUACAAAGUCUUCGAGGGGUGCAUCGAUAAUAUCAAGAUCGUGCCGAUCAUGGUCGGUGCCAUCGAUCAGGAGCAGGAAGAAGAGUAUGGAAAGAUCUUAGCGCCGUACCUUGAGAGGGACGAUACAUUGUUUGUUAUCUCUUCUGAUUUUUGUCAUUGGGGUCACUCGAAUUAUGGAUACACGUUCUAUUAUCCAAAGACGCUCCCUAGUGAUGUCCCGGGUAUUAAUCUCCGCCGUAGCGGUCCGCGCCCGUCACCUUCUCGACCCAUCCACACGUCCAUUUCAGAUCUCGACCACGAAGCGAUGGAUAUCCUCAUCCAACAGCCUGCGUCUACCGCACACGCCAAAUUUGUUGCAUACUUGGAACGCACGCAUAAUACGAUUUGCGGACGACAUCCCAUAGGGGUGUUGAUGGGUGCGCUUAGUGCGCUGGAGAAGAAAGGUAAACAGGCGAGAAUGAAAUGGGUGCGAUAUGAACAGAGCAAUCGGUGUGUAUCGUAUGAUGAUUGGAGCGUGAGUUAUGCGAGUGCGUAUGUUACUUUUUAGAGGGGACGGGCACAACACGAUGAUCGAUGCAUAACAAUGAAUAAUAUAUUGAUUACUCAUGUCGAGCGCUGGAUCCAGACUGAUGACCCAUAGUCUACCUGAGGACAGGACAACACAGGUAAGCACGAUACGCUACGAGUCGCUUUUAGCCCUGAGGAAGUUCUCCCAGACGGCCAUAAUGCGUCUGUGAGACUAGAAUGGGGCGUGAGGUGUGAAUGAAUGAGUGGGAGGCUUUAUAGCCAUAGCUCAUCGGUUGAUUUCGGGUGGAAAUUGAUUGUGUGCGGUGAGACACCGUGAGAGCUGAUUUUGUUAUUGGACACGGUGUCUUUCUUGACGUGCGGGACCGAGAUUGCGCGCGGGGAAAUUCCAGA